GCAACCAGAGAAAGAGCGUCUCAUCUACUUCCUCUGCAAUAAUUCACUAUCUAAUCUUCCUUUUCUCAAUUUUCUUUUUCUAUCCAAACGCUCCAAAAAAAAUGGAUACUGACGAAAUCACGUUUUCGAAGAUUUUCUGUUAUUCAUAAUGCGGCUGAUAUCUCGAUUCUAAGAGAUUUCGAUUCGGGAGUGGCGAUUUCGUUAAUAUAAUCGAUGAAGAGUGAUGGUGCGGAUGGAGUCUCUGCGGAUCGAUCUGAUCUUGAAAAACAGGAGAAUGCGGAGAAUUCUGCUCCAGAGGAUGGAUGCUUGCAUACGCCUGUGGAAUCCGUUGAUAAAGAUUCGGUGGCGGUGAUCAGCAUCGUGAUAUCUCGGAACGAGGCAUGUAAUGAGGUUUUGGAUUUGAAGGGGAAUGUUCCGAAGGUUACGGAGUUUGAGAAGGAUGAGAAAGUGGAUGUGAUGGCCGGGGAGGCAAGCCCUCAGAAAGGUUGCUUGCAGAGGAUUGAAAGCUAUCAUGAACAAUGCAGAGUUUGUCAUCAGCAAAAUGAAGAAGCUCUAAUGGAUCUUGGAUGCCGGUGUCGAGGUGAGCUUGCGAAAGCACACCGCUCUUGCAUAGACAUUUGGUUUCAUACUAAAGGAUCAAAUAAAUGCGAGAUAUGCCAGCAGGUUGCUGCAAAUGUCCCGUCUCCAGAGUCUCAGCCUACUGCACGUUACUGGAUUUGGAGAGUCGAUCCAGCCUUUGGAGGAUCUGAUGCUGUACAAGGAGAACGUGGAAGGGGGUGUUGUAAUCCGCUUUGGGUGGCACUAUUAAUUCUAAUUGGCGGACUCUUAUUGGACGUGCUGAUAUCUAUUGCCCUUGGCAUUUCUGCACUGCCUGUGAACACAAUAAUUGGUGCCCUCAUUUUGCUGGGACUGGCUACUGUGCUUCGACUUGCAUUGGAAUGCUGCCAUGGGCAGAGUUCAAGGAGAGUCGCCCAGAGGGUGGAUGUGAAUAUAGAUCCCGGGUACUACCACCCCACUGUGUAAAUACCAAAAGAAAGUACACACUGAGAAGAAAAUUUUCAUUUGUUUUGUUCAAUCUGUUCAAAAUCCGCUGCAAUGAGCGAUAUCAUUGGUAGCAUGCUGUUGAAAUGUUGGCUUGUUUAUCAGUCUUAAAAUACGUCUCAGGUAAUUUCUUUUCA